AUGGCAACACUCGAGAAAGGACGGCCGGAGACGGUGUCUGACAGUAUCGAGCCCAACAUGAUGGUGGGCAGCAACGCGCCCAGCCUCAAGGGCGAGGCCGAGACGUCGCACGAAGUGUUCAAGGACUCGGCCGACGGGGUCAAUUUCCGUACGGUCAGCUGGCAGAGCGCCACCGUCGUCUUCCUCAAGAUCCAGUUCGCCAUGAGCAUCCUGAGCGUGCCCGGAUCUCUGUCGACGCUCGGGGCCGUCGGCGGAUCUCUGUCCAUUGUCGGAUGGGAGAUCCUUAACACCUACACCGCCUUGAUCCUGGGAGAGUUCCGCGACAGACAUCCGGAAUGUCACACACUCGCCGACAUGUGUGGCCACAUCUGGGGCCAGUUUGGCAAGGAGCUGGUCGGGUUCCAGAUUAUCGUGGCGCAGGUACUGAUCUCGGCUGGUGGCAUCGUGUCGGUCUCGACGGCCUUCAACGCGCUCUCGGACCACGGCGCCUGCACGGUCUGGUUCGGCUUUGUGGCUUCGGUGCUGAUCACGCUCUUCUCGUCCGUCCGGACAUUCUCCCGGCUCAGCUGGCUGACCUGGUUCGGCUUCUCGACCUUUUUCAUCUCCGUCUUCAUCUUUGUCGUCGCCGUGACGCAGCAGAAUCGACCGGCUGCGGCGCCCCAGACGGGCGACUACGAUCUCGGUUACGUGGCCGUGGCCUCACCCGGCUUCGUGGCCGGCAUCAUGGCGAGUUCCAACAUCUUCAUCAGCGGCAGCGGCUCGUCCAUGUACCUGCCCGUCAUCUCGGAGAUGAGACGGCCGCAGGACUACCGCAAGGCCGCCCUCGUGGCCAGCGUGCUGAUCGGCGCCAUGUACCUGACCUUCUCGCUCGUCAUCUACCGCUGGUGCGGCGUCUGGCUCACGACCCCCGUCUUUGGCAGCGCCGGCACGCUCUUCAAGAAGCUCUGCUACGGCAUCGCCCUUCCCGGCCUCGUCAUCGGAGUCGGCAUCUAUCAACACGUCGCUGCAAAGUACAUGUUUGUGCGUAUCUUGCGCAACUCGGUCCAUCUCCAAACUAACACGGUCGUCCACUGGUCCGUCUGGCUGGGCUGCAACCUCUCCCUCGGUAUCGUCGGCUUCGUCAUUGCUGAGGCUGUUCCCAUCCUCAACUAUCUUCUCAGCCUGGCCAGUGCCCUGUGCUUCGCGCCUUUCAGCCUCACCUUCCCGGUCAUGCUGUGGAUGUAUGACUUCAAGGGCUACCGGAGCGGCUCGGCCGUGGAGAAGAGCAAGUAUGCCUUCCACAUCGUCGUCGCUCUCGUGGGCGUUUUCAUGUUGGUUGGCGGAAUCUACGGCGUGGCUAUGUCCUUGAAAGAGGCUUAUGCAGAUGGUCUUAUUGGUGGUGCCUUUAGCUGCGCUGACAACUCUGGAUAUAUCUCGUCGUAG